AGAGGACAGACAACAAAUGAUGUUCUACAUUUCAACUCCAUCAAAUAUUAAAUUGAUGUUUAUGGGCUAACCUGGAAACCGAAAAACAAUUUGUUUCACUACAAGAAUAAGAAAAUAUGUCCAAAUUCCUGUCGGCUGACUUAUAAAGGGAGUUUUAGAACACAACCCAAUGCAUGAGGUACUCCUUAAGUCCUGACAACCAUCUUGAAGAUGGAAUCAUGAAUAUGGCAAAUUUUCUACGGGGCUUUGAAGAAAAGGGGAUAAAGAACGACAGGCCUGAGGACCAGUUGAGCAAAGAGAAAAAGCAAAUUCUUUUCUCCUUCUGUGAGGUGUGCAACAUCCAGCUGAACUCUGCAGCCCAGGCUCAGGUGCAUUCCAACGGCAAAUCCCACCGCAAACGAGUGAAGCAGCUGAGUGAUGGGCAGCCCCCACCACCCGCCCAGGCCAGCCCCAGCAGCAACAGCAGCACAGGCAGUACAUGCCACACUACUACCCUUCCUGCUCUUGUGCGCACACCUACCCUGAUGAUGCAGCCUUCACUGGAUAUCAAACCAUUUAUGUCUUUUCCAGUGGACAGUAGUUCUGCUGUUGGGCUCUUUCCAAAUUUUAACACAAUGGAUCCUGUGCAAAAAGCGGUUAUUAACCAUACAUUUGGAGUAUCCAUUCCCCCAAAGAAGAAACAAGUUAUUUCUUGUAAUGUCUGUCAGCUUCGCUUUAACUCAGAUAGCCAGGCCGAGGCCCACUACAAAGGAAGUAAACAUGCCAAGAAGGUCAAAGCACUAGAGGCAACGAAAAAUAAACCCAAAAUGGUUCCUUCCAAGGACAGCGCAAAGGCUAAUCCCAGCUGCUCCAUCACUCCAAUCACAGGCAACAACUCUGACAAAUCAGAAGAAAAAGGGAAGUUAAAAGCCAGCAGUUCCAGUCAGCCAUCAAGCUCUGAAAGUGGCUCAUUUCUCCUCAAAUCUGGCACAACACCCCUGCCACCUGGAGCAGCCACUUCUCCCUCCAAGAGCACAAAUGGAGCUCCCGGUACUGUUGUUGAAUCAGAAGAAGAAAAAGCCAAAAAAUUACUUUAUUGUUCACUAUGCAAAGUGGCUGUGAACUCCCUGUCACAGCUAGAGGCACACAACACAGGAUCUAAACACAAGACCAUGGUUGAAGCUCGUAAUGGGGCUGGUCCAAUUAAAUCCUAUCCUAGACCUGGAUCAAGAUUAAAGAUGCAGAAUGGCAGUAAGGGGUCAGGACUACAGAACAAGACAUUUCAUUGUGAAAUCUGUGAUGUUCAUGUUAAUUCAGAAAUUCAACUCAAACAGCACAUUUCUAGCCGAAGGCAUAAAGAUCGAGUUGCAGGGAAACCACUGAAGCCAAAAUACAGCCCUUACAACAAACUCCAGCGGAGCCCGAGUAUUCUAGCAGCAAAACUUGCAUUCCAGAAAGAUAUGAUGAAGCCUUUGGCCCCAGCCUUCCUGUCCUCACCUCUCGCAGCGGCGGCAGCCGUGUCCUCUGCGCUGUCACUCCCACCCCGGCCCUCCGCCUCACUCUUCCAGGCUCCAGCCAUUCCUCCAGCUCUUCUGAGGCCUGGGCAUGGGCCCAUCCGCGCCACUCCUGCCUCCAUCCUCUUUGCUCCGUACUAACGUCUGCAAACCCCAAGACGUUUGAGGCCAGUAGGAAGUUGAGAAAGAAAGCCACAAGGAUUCAGCAAUUUAAGCAGUUUGUGUUGCAGUACCCCCAUUCACUCACAAAAUGCAGCCCACCACCCAGCUCCCCAAUUCCAAAGAGAAACACAUCACUAGAUUCAUGAGGGCUUUUAGAGACUGCUCCUAUAAUUUAGGAAUCUGAGCAGCAUAGGCUUUAUCUCCCUAUUUCCUUCCCCACCCUACCCCGUUCAAUUUGUGUAUCUCAGAUAUUUGAUUUCUUGAACAUGUAUUGGUCAGAAAGAAAAAGAAAGAAAAUCAUUCUCUAUUUUUCCAUGGGUAUGAUCUGGCUUAAAACAAUAUGGAAUAUUUUCCUGACAGACUUGAAAACUAGGAUCUUCCUCAGAUGUCUGUAAAUAACUCUGGUAUCCAACUGGGUGUAUUCUAGUGUGGAACAAAAAUCAAUGAACACAAGUGCUUACUUGUGGAUACUAUCUUACCAACGAAUCACAAAGUUCUCUUUUUGGUGUACUGUUGUUGACAGGGAUUGUGUACUGUUUCGACCCAAGUACUGUUGUAUCCUGUGUAGUACUAGAUCUGUAUCUCUUGUCUGAAUUAAACAUUUUUAGUUGCUGUGUAAAUGUUAGGAAGCAAAGUAGCUUUGAAUUUUCUCUUUAAGAGAACAAAAGAUAAAAUAAUGUAUUUUCUUUAUUUCACAUUUUAUUUGGAGAUAUUUAAAUGAAAUAGAAAGCCAUAUAACAUAGCUAUAAUUACUACCUGUUUGCUAUUUUUGUUUAACUUAUUUUGUAGCUUCCUCACUGGUUUGUGUUGCUAAGCAAACGUAUACAAACAGAAAAAGAGCUUCCUAAAUUGCACAUUUUUGCACCUCUUGUGCAUUCUGCAAGAAGACAAUGAAUCCAUGUAUUUCUAUAUAAGUAUCUUCUUCAUUUUUAACGUGUUUUCAUUUGUAAUGAUGCUACACAAUUUUGUGGCUCCCUAAUGCAAUAAUGUACAGAAGAUAAAAAAAUUUAUAAUUGAACAAUUUGUCUUUCUGUUCACUGAAUAUAUUGCAGGUCAUGCUCCCAUGCCCCCCUUUCUAAGCCGAUAUCGACAAGACUGGAAUGUUUGUGAUAUCAGGGGCAAGAGUUAUCAUAAAACAACAAAAUGGAGUGGACUCUUUUAGAGCAUCUAUAUCUGCAACCUGUAAAUGGUAAAAUGUCUGUGUAUUUUUUUAAAUGUACCUUUUCAAUAAAAGUACAAAAAAUAAAA